UGCAGCAGUGUCUCGUGAUGGGGGCGGUUUGGCGUCAGUCUUUCCCGUCUGGAGUCUGACGCACUCCGCCAGCCAAUAAGCUCAUGUAGCACUUCGGCGCCCGUACCCGCUGUGGAGGCAGGAUUUCUUCAAAUAAAGAUGGCAGAUGUUGUCGAAGGAGACGGCACUCGCUCCGCUGCCCCUUCCACGCUUCACUCGGCGGCUCGCAACGGCUCCGGCAUGAGCUCGGCGACGUGCGCCGGUGGCCUCGUCACGACCACGGUCACCUCCGGGCCUCGGCUGGUCCGCAUCGUCAAGUCGGAUUCGGGCUACGGCUUUAACGUCCGCGGUCAAGUGAGCGAAGGAGGGCAGCUGAGAAGCAUCAACGGCGAACUUUACGCCCCGCUGCAGCACGUCAGCGCCGUGUUACCGGGCGGUGCAGCAGAUCGAGCUGGAAUCUCAAAAGGGGACCGUAUUCUUGAAGUAAAUGGGGUGAAUGUGGAAGGGGCCACUCAUAAGCAAGUGGUAGAUCUCAUCCGAGCAGGAGAGAAAGAGUUGGUCUUGGCCAUUCUGUCGGUUCCUCAGCCAGAGACGGACAGUCUUGAUCCCGGGGACGAUGGCUCUUCACAGUCCUGCUAUGACUACAGUGACAAGCAGGCCGUGCCCAUCUCAGUGCCCACCUACAAACAUGUGGAGCAGAACGGGGAGAAGUUUGUUGUCUACAACGUGUACAUGGCAGGCAGGCAGUUGUGCUCAAAGCGCUAUCGAGAGUUUGCCAUCUUGCAUCAGAAUCUGAAGAGGGAAUUUGCUAACUUUGCAUUUCCCAAGCUGCCAGGGAAAUGGCCUUUCUCCCUGUCUGAGCAGCAGCUAGAUGCUCGCAGACGAGGGCUGGAGGAAUACUUGGAGAAAGUAUGUUCGGUUCGGGUAAUCGGGGAGAGCGACGUCAUGCAGGAGUUUUUGUCAGAGUCUGAUGAGAACUAUAAUGGUGUUUCUGAUGUGGAGCUAAGGAUAGCAAUGCCAGACAAAACUACAGUUACGGUCCGGGUGAGAAAGAAUUGCACAACAGACCAGGUCUACCAGGCUAUAGUAACGAAGAUUGGGAUGGACACCAUUACUGCAAGUUAUUUUGCUCUGUUUGAAGUCAUUAACCACUCCUUUGCACGCAAGCUGGCCCCUAAUGAGUUUCCACACAAGCUGUAUGUGCAGAACUACACAUCUGCCAUCCCAGGCACCUGCCUCACACUCCGCAAGUGGCUCUUCACCACAGAGGAAGAGAUUCUUCUCAAUGACAACGAGCUGGCUAUCAACUAUUGCUUCCAUCAGGCUCUGGAUGAUGUGAAAAAGGGAUUUAUCAAAGUGGGAGAGACAUCCUACCAGCUCCAAAAGCUCUCUGAACAGAGGAAAAUGACCAUGUAUUUAGGUAUUCUGAGGACAUGUGAGGGUUACAAUGAGAUCACUUUCCCGCACUGCUCCUGUGACUCACGUAGGAAAGGUCACGUCGUCACAGCGAUAAGCAUCCACCACUUUAAACUCCAUGCGUGCACAGAUGAUGGCACUCUAGAGAAUCAGGUGAUAGCGUUCGAAUGGUCCGAGAUGCAGAGAUGGGACACGGAUGAAGAGGGAAUGGCUUUCUGUUUCGAGUAUGCGCGAGGGGAGAAGAAACCUCGCUGGGUCAAAAUCUUUACUCCUUAUUUCAACUACAUGCACGAGUGCUUUGAGAGAGUCUUCUGUGAGCUCAAAUGGAGAAAAGAGGUUGAAGAGGAGGCCACAGACAAGGACAAUAAAAACUGCAGUAAAGAUGGUAUGUGCGGUAAGAAUAUCUUCCAGCUGUUGAGACACAGAAGGGAUGGAGGCACAUGAAUGAAGAGAUCAUCUCCUCUUGAAUACAUGCACACGUACACUAAAAGCUGCAUACAGUGACUCAGAAAACAUUUCAAACCAGUCCCAUAUGCUUACAUGCACUCCACCACUGAUACACACAUGCUGAAAUACGAAGAUAUGAAGCGGGAAAUGACACAAUCACAGUGCAAUGAUGAAAAUAAGAAACUACAAGAGACUUUUAAAGACUUACGUCAUCAUUUCAUUUCAUUGGACUGGACAGAAUUAUGUUGUACGUACUGGAGUUGACCGCCAGCUCAGGACAGAAGAGACGACACUCAAAGACUGUAAUGCUCCAGGAGACAGACGUGGUCAUUGACAUGGCACCAGCAUUGUGACUAAUUCAUGUCAUGUGACUGGUCACAAGACGAGGUCUUCAGAUGCUGACAACUGAGAGACUGAACUGUGCUUCUGAGGAGUGUGUCAAUUUAAAGACAUGGAAACGUCAGCGAACUGACUAAUGUAUCAUCCUGACACUAACACAUACACAUGUGAGGGCAGAGAUGCUCUCUCAGAAUGUGACAAUUUAAAGGUACACUGUG